AUGUCCACUUUUCAGCGGGAGCCAAUUGCAGUGGUUGGAAUUGGCUGCAGACUUCCAGGAGGAAUCAAUUCCGCUAAGAAAUUUUGGGAUGCGUUGUGCCAAGGACUUGAUCUCAUUACCGAUGUCCCAGGCGAUCGAUUCGAUAUCAAUUCAUUUCAUCACCCGGAUUCCCAGGCAUACGGGGCAAUCCGUAACCGGAAAGGUGGCUUUGUCCGUGAUAUCACCUCUUUCGAUGCCGACUUCUUCGGCUUUUAUCCCACCGAGGCGUCCAAGCUUGAUCCUCAGCAGCGAAUAGUUCUCGAAGCAAGUUUUCAUGCUUUGGAGGACUCUGGGACGCCUUUAGAUCAGGUGUCGGGAUCACGGACCAGUGUCUUUCUCGGAACUUUCAUGUACGACCAUCUGGCAAUGCAGACAGAAGCCCAACAGCGCGAUGAUAUUACCCCUCAUAUCGCUAUGGGGAGUACAAGUUGUGCUAUUGCAAACCGCGUCUCCCAUCGACUAAACCUCCAAGGCCCCAGCGUCAGUCUGGAUACGGCUUGCUCGAGCAGUCUUGUCUCUGUUCAUCUCGCUUGCCAAAGUAUCUGGUCUGGUGACAGUGAUGCAGCAUUGGCAGGGGGAGUGAACGCGAUUUUACGCCCCGAGACUUCCAUCCUUCUAUCCAAGGGUGGAUUCCUUGGCCCAGAUGGGCAGUGCAAAUCAUUUGACGCGGCAGGAAACGGUUAUGUCCGCAGCGAGGGCGCGGCUGUGGUAUAUCUCAAGCCACUAAGUCAAGCUCUGCAGCACAAGGACCGUAUUUACGGGGUGAUCCGUGGCUCUCUUGUCAACCAGGACGGAUAUACCGCAGAGGGGCUAACAGUACCGAGCCUAAAAGGUCAGGAAGCCUUGCUCAAGUCUGUCUACUCUCAGGCAGGGGUAGAUCCGGCCAAGGUUCAGUACGUCGAGGCCCAUGGUCCCGGCACUGCCGUGGGCGACCCUAUCGAAGCAGGCGCUAUUGGCAGCCAGAUUGGAAAGCUGCGAUAUGCAGAUACCGGCCUUCCCCUUGCCAUAGGGUCCAUCAAGGGCAAUAUGGGUCACCUUGAGGGAGCUGCUGGAAUUGUUGGGUUUAUCAAAGCGACCCUGACUCUCUUCCAUCGUCAGAUACCCCCGCAACUCAAUCACCACGAACGGAACCCGGCCAUUGACUGGGACGACCUCCAUCUGGAUGUGCCGGUCAAACUUACCAACCUCCUGGACAACAAGGACAACGAUGAGGUCUUUGUUGGUAUCAACUCAUUUGGCGCAGGUGGUACAAAUGCCCAUGCAAUCAUUGGAGAGGCGCCCUCGGAGAAGGACUCCUCUUUUUCCACCCCAACCUCCUCGAAUUCAGAAACAUGGAUUGCUGUCAACCCCUCGCACCCGCGGGUUUUCGUGGUGUCUGCGCGGUCUGAUAUCGCGUUACAGAAAGUGGCCAGUGAGCUGGCCAGUCACCUGCGUGCACCAAAAUCCCCGAAUCUCAGCGACACGGCCUACACUUUGAACUUCCGUCGCGGCUGCCACAACAAAGUUGCCAUUAUCCCCGCCACAGAUAAAGAGAUGUUGUGCGCCCGGCUUGAUCAGGUGGACGCCGGCAAGGUAUCGAAGGACAUACUAAUGCUUGAUAAGAAGUCGGCAACGAUCACUUCCACUCCUCGAGUCGCGUUUCUGUUUUCGGGCCAGGGUGGACAAUGGCUUGGGAUGGGCAGCAAGUUGGCCCGGGACCAGCCCAUCUUCCGGGAGACGCUCGCAAAGUUUGAUGAAAUCUAUACACCGUUAGCAGGGUUUUCUAUCGUGAAGGAGAUUUCGGCGGAUCAUACGAACGAUCCUUCGCGGCUGUCGAAUACGGUAAUUGCCCAGUCGGGUAUCGCGGCUAUCCAGAUUGCCCUGGCCGAGACACUGAUUGCGUAUGGAGUGAAGCCCAAUGCCAUUGUAGGCCAUUCCAUUGGGGAGGUUGCGGCUGCUUAUGUCUCCGGAGCGUUGACUCUUGAAGAAGCGGUUAAGGUCAUCUAUAUCCGAUCCAGAGUCCAGGCCAAAGCGGCGGGCAAGGGAACCAUGUUGGCGGUAGGACUAUCAGCCACUGAAGCCGAGGAGUUCGUUACCCGCCACAAUCUCAGUUCCUCCGUCGAAGUUGCUGCGAUGAAUGGUUUGAAAAUGACUACCCUCGCCGGCGAAAGAUCCGCCUUGGAGACAAUCUCCACUGAUGUUCAAAAAAGUGGCUCCUUUGCUAAAUUUGUCAAGGUGGAGGUGCCUUACCAUAGUCAGUUCAUGGAUUCAUGCAAAGAGGAACUGAUCGAGCACCUGUCUACCUAUCAAGGCAAACAGACCCAUCCUGGCAUGGAUCUUUAUUCCACGGUCACAACGGACGUCGAACCAGGUACGCAUAUUACUGGGGAAUAUUGGUUUAGCAAUGUGCGCAAACCUGUCCGAUAUGUUGAAACCGUGAGCAAAAUCCUGGAGGAUGGUUGUGAGUAUCUGGUCGAGAUUGGUCCACACCCAGUGCUGGUUUCCAGUACUCAGGACAUUGCCAACUCAUUAGAUCGUCCUGCUUUUGUCCUACCCUCGAUGAUCCGAGAAAAUGAGCUGGAGCCUCUUGCCAGAGUUAUGGGAGUCGCGCACGCGAUCGGAGUCCCUGCAGACAUCCAUUCUUUCAAUGGUAGCAGCGGCCGUGUUACCGAUCUUCCGCUCUACCCCUUUCAACGGCAACUCUUCUCCUUUGAAAAUCCUGAAUGCGAACAGGCAAGACUUUCAAAGGGACGCCACCCAUUCUACCUCGACUCGACUCAACUGACGGACGAUGGUCGUGCCUCAUUACGACUCCGACUCAGCACUGGUACAUCGCCUUUUCUCAAAGACCACAGUGUUGAAACUGCUAUGAUACUUCCUAUGACCGGCCAUAUAGAGACAGCAUACAUGGCUGCUGAUCUAUAUACCCCCGGAUCAAAAAUAUGGCUGCAGAAUCUACGUUUCGAAGCUCCACUUAUUUUGAGUCCUGCUGAAGACUUUGCUCCUCAGUUCAUACUGGAGAUUACAUCGAUGAACAAGGACUAUGUGAUUGCCACUCGUGCCCCAGAUGCCAAGCCAGAAUCGCCAUGGAAAGUCUGUUCCCGAGGUAGAAUCAAUAUGCUGGAUGAUCCGUCGACUAUUGCCCCUGAGCAGAUGAGCAGCGUCCAGGCCCGAAUCCAGACGGCAGCCCCGGUGGACGUGGAGCAGUUCUACAAGUACAUUGGAAACGCAGGGCUUAUUUAUGGGGAAAUGUUUCAAUGCGUCAAAGACCUCUGGCGGCGUGGAAAUGAGAUCUUUGCUCGUGUGGAACUACCUGCUGCCAUUUUGCAUGAGACAGCCCGUUUCCGUUUCCACCCAGCCCUCCUGGAUGCUAGUUUUCACAUCGUUAACGCCUAUGUGCAGCAUAACAUUGGUGUCAGCGCUGUCUAUCUACCCUAUACUUUGGAAGCGGUCGAGGUUCUUGACUCACGCGGCAUCUCGUCAGUUUGGUCCAACGUGAAAGUAAAGAGUCAAACCGAUGACACCUUGAAUGUCGAUAUUUUAGUCUAUGCCGAGGACGGUCGACUGCUGGUUUCUGCCAAGAGCCUCGUCAUCAAGCGGUUGGGUUCAACCAAGAUUAUUCGGUCCCUGGAGCAUGAGAUCGCUUUCGAACAUACGCCAAAUGGAACAGAGUAUGAUGACCGAGUUCCCCGGAGCUUGACGAACAUUAUCUCCAUCGAUCUCGGCCUGGCCGCUGAUAUUGAUGAGGUCGGACUCUUCCAGAAUGUCUUUCCUACAGUCCCUAUCCACCAGAUCUCACUCGAAGAAGCCACUGGCGAUUUCGAUCCUGCGAAAUUUGGGUUCCGCUUGGACCGCAGAGUAAUGAUCUACAUACCUGCUGUGAUGAACAUGGCUUCUCCUGAUAUUGAAAAACACAUCGAGUUGGUUUAUAGCGCUCUCAGUAGGGUUGCGAACUGGCUACAGCACGAUGCUGGAAGCUCGACAGUACUAGUUCUCACCAAAGGCGGCUGCUUGACCUCUGCGGACACUCAAUGCGACCCUGCCUCUGCCAGCGUUCAGGCCGCGGUUCGGGUGAUGAGAAACGAGCUGCCGCGGAUCUCCGUACAGGUGCUCGAUCUCCCCCUGCGCGGCUCUUGGAAAAGCCUGCCCUCGCUCGACGCAGUAUUGGGAAAUACCCGCAUCAGUCGACACGACUGCGUGGUAGCCGUUCGCCCUUCCGGUUGCUAUUAUCCCCAGGUCACGACAGUCGAUAGCGAGGCUGAAGACCGGUGGUCUAAGCCAGUCCCCGCAAGAGGAGGAAGGUACUAUAGUAAGCCUGUCCACGGUGGUUCCUUCGGCGAGAUUGCCAUCCAUGAUCUGGACCCCAUUGCGCUGGGCCCCGGAGACGUGGCUAUUGAAGUCCACGCGACUGGACUGAACUACAAUGAUGUUAUCACGUCGAUGGGGAUGCAAUCCGAUCAGGCUACGCCCGACGCGCUGAGUGGCGACAAUCUGGGAAUGGAAAUCGCUGGCGUUGUGACGCGAGUAGGAGCCAGUGUAAGCGGUAUUAAUGUCGGGGCCCGGGUGAUGGCUCGCGUCACCAAGGGUCUUGGAGGGUCGGUGGUGGUCAACCACCAACUUGUUGUGCCGGUUCCGUCCACGGUCUCGCUUGCAGAGGCAGCGUGUCUGCCCAUGGCAUAUAUGACAGCUUAUUAUGCCCUGGUUUACCUUGGCCGCCUGAGAGAGGGUGAAUCGAUUCUUAUCCACUCCGGUGCUGGCGGGGUGGGUAUUGCAGCUAUCCAAGUCGCCAAGCUCUUUGGGGCUCGCAUCUAUGCAACAGCGGGCAAUCCUCAACGUCGAGCCUGGAUCCAAGGCAUCGAUGGUGUGGAGGCUGUAUUCGAUUCGCGGUCUGUGACCUUCUCUGAUGAAGUUAAGAAAGUGACCCAUGGCAAGGGCGUGGAUCUUGUGCUCAAUUCGUCAAAUGGGAACAUCUUUUCUCAGUCGAUUGCCUGCCUGGCUCCCUUUGGCCGCUGCCUCCAGCUGGGUAAGAGUGAUGUCUACCGGAACAUGAGAGUUGGCCUCCAACAAUUCCGGAAGAACUGUACCCUUUUUGUGGUGGAUGUUGACUCCUUGGCUGUCCAAAAGCCGGAACUCCACCGGCAGCUGCUUCUCGAGGUCUCCGACUUGCUGAACCGUGGGAAAUUAUUGCCUCUCCCGGUCACCCGGUUCCCUAUUGCCGAAUUCCCCAAGGCACUCAAAUCGCUUUCUCGCUCAUCCGCCAUCGGUAAGGUCGCUGUGGAGAUGCCGGAACAUGAAUUUGUUAAGUCGAAGCCCCAGGACCGAAUGCUGCUGUCUGAGGAUAAGACAUACCUUAUCACUGGCGGUACCGGUGGGUUAGGGUUACAGCUGGCCCGCUUCCUUGUCAAACGAGGGGCCCGCCACCUCUUGCUAGUCAGCCGCUCCGGCCCCAAAUCCGCUGAGCAUCGGGCCACCAUCGAUGACUUGAUAAGUCAGGGCGCGAGGAUUAUCAUCAAGCAAGCUGAUAUCGCUGACUACGAGGCGGUUGCAGCGAUGUUCAACAACACUACCGAUUACCCGCCGAUCGCAGGGGUGAUGCACUGUGCCGGCGUUAUCAAUAAUCUUCCCUCCGGUGAAACGACUAUGUCUGCCUUCUGGAAGGUGUUUCGCCCCAAGGCUCUUGGCGCAUGGAAUCUACACCAGGCGACCCAAGACAAGAACUUGGACUUCUUUAUGCUGGCGUCUUCGAUCUCGAUUGUUAUCGCCCAACCUGGCCAACUGAGUUAUGCCUCAGCUAACCAGUUCCUUGAUGCUUUAGCCGCCCACCGUCAGUCGUGUGGUCUACCAGGGCUUUCUCUCAGCCUCGGGGUUUUGGGAUCUUAUGCCGGCAUGACAACAGCGGACCUUGGCAAUCGCAUCCUGGAUUCAUUGGAGGCACAGGGGCUGUUGCAACUCGACUUUGAUACGGUCGAAUCCACCCUGGAGCGCCUCAUUAUCCGCAAGACCUGUCACCGUAUCCUCGGUCGCAUCAGUUUCUCCGCAUUCGUGGACAUCCAUAACCACCUCCGGCAAGACGCGUACUAUGCCAAGGUGCAGCAUGAAAAGGGGGAAGCCGGCAACGAUGGUGCAACUGGAUCGGCCAAGGAUGACAGACCAGUAAUCGAGGUCCUGUGUGCUGGCCUCGCCAAGGUGAUCGGCGUCGAGCCGAGCCGGAUCGAGCCGAAAGAAGAGAUCAACACCUACGCCUUUGACUCGUUGACCCUCACGCAAGUGAGAGGUAUGAUUGCGAGAGAGCUCCGAGUCACUGUCCCCCUUAUGCGUCUCUACAAUAAUCCAAAGAUCCAGUCCCUUGCAACCGAGAUCGAAGAUAUGCUCGCGGACGGCAAGGAAGAAAGUCACAAGGACGCGACCCAGACCUAUCAACACGCAGCCGUAGUUGAUCUGGUGAAGGAACUGACGCCAUUGUCCCCGUGGAUCUUCAAGGGCACUGGCACCGGGAAACGGGUGGUCUGCUUCCACUCAAUGGGUAUCGGAGCCUCGCUGUUUACCCCCUUCCUCGUCGAUUGCCCGAAGGGUCUGGACCUGGUGGCCGUCCAGCUGCCCGGCCGCGAGACGCGGGCCCACGAGGAACUGCCCAACUUUUCCUCAGUCGUGGCGAGCAUCGCGGCCGAAAUCCAAUCGUGGGAGCAGCCGCCGGACGUCUUCUGGGGCCAUUCCUUCGGCGGAAUCAUCGCCUUCGAGGUCCUGCGCGCGCUACGCCGCCAGGGCGUGCCCCUGCCCGCCCUGAUGAUCACCGGCACCAUCGCGCCGCAGCUGAUCGGGGUGUGGAAGCGGCGCGAACUGCUGAUGUCGAGUCUGAGCGGGGACAGCAGCGCCGACUAUCUGCUGGCGGUCACCCGCUAUGUGGACGAGCCGGACUUCGUCAUCGGGAUUCUGGAGAUGCUCCAUCAUGACGCACCACUCCUGUUAGAUUACGAGUACCAGGAGGAGAAUGAAUUAGGGGUGCCCAUCGUGGCGUUUUCCGCGCGCCAGGAUGAUAUCGCGUACCGCGAAGAAUUGGCUCAUUGGGGUGCGCAGUCGAAGAACUUCAAGCUCCGUGAGGUGGAUGGCGACCAUUGGUUCUUGCGACGCAACAAGGAUGUUCUGCUGCAAGCUUUGGUGGACUUGGCGGGUGCUUUCGUUCUCAGCAAGGUAGGAUCGUCCGCUCAGUAG